GCCAGAACAGCGAAAGCAUCGCCCACAACUCCCCGGUUAGUCGCGCUGUUCGGAUGGUGUCCCAAAAGAGUGUCAACUGUAAGAGCAUGGACCAGCAACGCAAGGAAAAUGAAGCGGAAAAAGCGGUGGAGCAGGCGCCCAAGCCCUACCCCAGGGCGGUCUUCUUCAUAAUCGGGAACGAGUUCUGCGAGAGGUUCUCCUACUAUGGGAUGAAAGCCAUUUUAACCCUGUACCUGAUCAACGUAUUAAUGUUCGAGGAACACACUGCAAAAUCCACGUAUCACAUAUUUUCUAUGGCUUGCUAUUUCACACCCGUCUUUGGAGCGAUGCUUGCAGACUCUUAUCUCGGGAAGUUUCGAACUAUCUUCUACAUCUCCAUCAUCUACGCCAUUGGUAAUGUAACUCUUGCGGUGGCUGCGACUCCCUCGUUUGUCAACUAUGUGUGGAUUCCGAUGGUUGGCCUGGCACUUAUUGCCAUCGGGACUGGCGGGAUUAAACCGUGUGUCUCUGCUUUUGGUGGCGAUCAGUUUGUCGAAGGGCAGGAAACUCAACUGGAGCAGUUCUUUUCACUCUUUUACCUUUCAAUCAACGCUGGCAGUCUUCUCUCUACAUUUAUCACUCCUAUAUUAAGAGUUCAAAAAUGUAUGGGUAUGAUGUUUUGCUUCCCACUGGCUUUCGGCGUACCAGCAGCUCUCAUGGUUGUAGCAUUAAUUCUGUUUCUCAUUGGAAAGCCGCUGUACAGGAUUAUUCCGCCAUCAGGAAAUGUCGUGCUACGUGUCCUUCAGUGUAUUUUCCACGCCCUGAAAAAGAAGCUGACAUCCAAGGAAAAGAAGGACCAUUGGCUUGACCAUGCAGAGCCGCAUUACGGGAAAGAUUUUAUCACAGAUAUCAAGGAUGUACUCCACGUGUUAGUCCUCUACGUGCCUCUUCCAGUAUUUUGGGCAUUGUUCGAUCAACAGGGUUCUCAAUGGACACUUCAAGCGAGGCAGAUGGAUGGAGAAAUUAUGGGCUACAGGGUACUUCCAGAUCAAAUGCAACUGGCGAAUCCUCUUCUAAUUCUUAUUCUUGUGCCUGUCUUCAGUUACGGCAUUUAUCCACUCCUCGCAAAAUGCAGCUUGUUGAAGAAGCCUCUACAGAGAAUCACAAUCGGUGGGCUAGCAGCUGCUGGAGCCUUUGUGAUUGCUGGGUUUCUGCAACUGGCGCUGGAGCAAGGUGCUGAUACGAUUAUUCCAACCGGACAGGCCAGGGUCAACUUUUUGAAUACUGUUCCUUGUGAUCUCAUGCUACAAGGUCCCGACGAUCUUAAUCAGGAUAUAGCAUCCGGAAUGGUUCACAUCAACAAUGCUCCCGCUGGAAGUGGAUUAAAGUACAAAGUGAGCAAGACGUCGUCUUGUGGCCUCUCCCUACCUGAUGCCGAUUUCGAGUUUGAUUUUAAUGCCACAAAUGCUUACGCAGUUAUUUUCACGGUGGGCAACGGUUCUCAGCCGAGUAUAUCUGCGAAAACGGUGCCAGUCCUUCACGAAAAGUUUGCAAACUUGACAUCUGGUGUUGGAAUUGCUUACGCCUUAAAAAGUCCAGUUACGCGGGUCGUACUCUCAAGUGCAAAGGAAGCACCCGUGGAAUUCAUUCCGAAUGAUAAUACGUCGACAUCGGGACACACGAAUUACGCGAGUGUCGUUCCUGGGACGUAUGAUGUCCAGCUUGUUAGUGAUGGCAAAGAAACGAGUCCCUGCAGUGCGACACUGAGAAACGGAGGGCAUUACUUCAUCACACUUAUGGAAACACCCACUGGAUCAAUCAACUGUUCUGUUUUGUCAGUCGUUGCUCCAAACAGCUUGUCACUCUUCUAUCAAAUACCCCAAUACUUUGUCAUUACUGCCGGAGAAGUGAUGUUCUCCGUGACUGGACUCGAAUUCUCAUACUCGCAGGCACCACCAUCGAUGAAGUCGGUGCUUCAAGCGGCAUGGUUACUGACCGUAGCGUUUGGUAACAUCAUCGUCGUGAUUGUUGCUGAAUCUCGGAUAUUCGAAUACCAGUCAUCUGAGUCUUUCAUGUACGCCGGCCUCAUGACAAUCGACAUGGCUCUCUUCGCCGUCAUGGCGUAUUUCUACAAGUACAUCACACCCAGAAGUCGAGCUCCUGAAGAAGCCCCGGAGAAGCAACCGGAUAAGCAACCGGAUAAACCUGCGCAAGGCUACGAGAACAACGCCUACGAAAAAGACACCAAAAUGUGAAACGGUGGUGUUCACCUAUUUAUGUCCAGCGAGCCACACGUGUAAGCUGAGCAAGUACAAUUAGUCAAGUGCGAAGACAGAGUGAGUGGUUCUCGGCGGUCCAAGAACCCGCAGUACUUACGCCAUGGCAUCGUCGAUAUGCUCUGACGCAAAAAUUUUCGAACAGUGCUUCUGAGAGACCAAAUGUUUUGCAUUACCUUGUACAUACGGUUGUAUAUUUUUAAUGAGUAAUAUUUUAAAUACAUGUAGUUUUACGACA